GGAUGUUUGGGUUGAAGCUGAAGAAGAAGAAGAAUAAAGCAGAGAAGGGGUUAAUCCUAGCCAACAAGGCUGCCCAAGAUGGUCAAGGUGAAGCAGAAGCACCACAGGAGGGCCCUUCUCCCCAGGAAGGACUGAGAGGAGAUGUAAUUUAUGAUGAUGCGUCCAUCACUCCUGUCCCCUCAGCUCCUCCAAAGAGAAGAUCAAAACUGUUGACUAAGAUCCAUGAUGGGGAAGUCAGAUCCCAAAGUUAUCAAAUUGCCAUAACCAUCACUGAGGCCCGCCAACUGGUGGGUGAAAACAUUGACCCAGUUGUGAUCAUUGAGGUCGGGGAUGAGAAGAAGCAAAGCACAGUGAAGGAAGGAACCAACAGCCCAUUUUACAAUGAAUACUUUGUCUUCGACUUCAUUGGGCCUCAAGUGCAUCUUUUUGACAAGAUCAUCAAAAUCUCGGUCUUUCAUCACAAGCUGAUAGGAAGCAUCCUGAUUGGCGCCUUCAAAGUGGACCUGGGUACUGUGUACAACCAGCCUGGUCAUCAGUUCUGUGACAAGUGGGCCCUGCUCACAGACCCUGGUGAUAUCAGGAUUGGCACGAAGGGGUAUCUGAAGUGUGACAUCAGCGUGAUUGGGAAAGGCGACAUCUUAAAGACCAACCCGAAAAUCUCCGAUGCUGAGGAACAAAUAGAAAAGAACCUUUUAAUCCCUCAAGGGUUUCCAUCAGAGAGACCCUGGGCCAGAUUCUAUGUGAGACUCUACAAAGCAGAAGGGUUGCCCAAGAUGAACUCCAGCAUCAUGGCGAACGUCACCAAAGCAUUUGUGGGUGACAGUAAGGACCUCGUGGAUCCCUUCGUGGAGGUCUCCUUCGCUGGGCAGAUGGGGCGAACCACAGUGCAGAAGAAUUGUGCCGAUCCCGUGUGGCAUGAACAAGUGAUCUUCAAGGAAAUGUUCCCUCCCUUGUGUCGGAGGGUGAAAAUCCAGGUGUGGGAUGAAGGCAGCGUGAACGAUGUAGCGCUGGCAACCCACUUCAUUGACCUGAAGAAAAUCUCCAAUGAACAGGAGGGAGAUAAAGGCUUUCUACCUACCUUUGGACCUGCCUGGAUUAACCUGUAUGGCUCACCCAGGAACCACAGUCUGAUGGACGACUACCAGGAAAUGAAUGAAGGCUUUGGAGAAGGCGUGUCAUUCAGGGGCAGAAUUUUGGUGGAAAUUGCUGUGGAAAUCCUCUCGGGAGGGGCACAGGAGUCUAAAUUUUCCAAGGCACUCAAGGACCUCAAGUUGUCUUCAAAGGACAAAGACUCCAAAUCUUCCAAAGGCUCAAGUAAAGACAAGGGUGACAAAACGGACAGUGGAAAACCCCAGCAGGCUUCAGACAAAACCAACUCAACCGAGGUCGAGGUGGAACCUUUCGAUGUACCCCCAGAAAUUGUACCAGAAAAAUAUGAGGAAUUUUUACUCUUUGGAGCAUUUUUUGAAGCCACCAUGAUUGACCGGAAGAUUGGAGAUAAACCCAUUAGCUUUGAAGUUUCUAUUGGUAAUUUUGGAAACUUGAUUGAUGGAGGCUCCCAUCAUGGGAGUAAGAAGAAGUCAGCUGAAUCAGCUGAAGAAGACACCCUUCCGCUGCUGCAAGAGGGAGAAAGGGACACAGCGCAGGAGGUUGCCAUCCCUAUGGUCUCCACCACUCACCCAGAGAAGCCACUCGUGACAGAAGGAAACAGAAAUUACAACUACUUGCCAUUUGAGGCCAAGAAGCCCUGCGUCUACUUCAUCAGUUCCUGGGGAGACCAGACGUUUAGGCUGUAUUGGUCCAACAUGCUGGAGAAAAUGGCGGACCUGCUGGAAGAAAGUAUAGAAGAAGUGAAAGAAUUGAUCAAGAUUUCAGAGGAAGCACCAGAGGAGAAAAUGAAGACGGUGCUCAAUGACUUCAUCAGUCAAAGCAGUGCCUUUAUCUCUGAGGCAGAAAAGAAGCCCAAGAUGUUGAACCAAACCACUUUAGAUAAGAAACGACUUACGCUCUGUUGGCAGGAGCUGGAUGCGAUGGCCAAGAAGGCCAAAGGGAUCAUUCAGCAGCAGAAGAAAAAGUUAUCACUUGAUGAAAUGAUCCACGAAGCCCAAAAUUUUGUGGAAAAAAUCCGCUUCCUUGUGGACGAGCCACAGCACACCAUCCCUGAUGUCUUCCUCUGGAUGCUCAGCAACAACAAGAGAGUGGCCUAUGCCCGCAUUGCCUCCAAAGACCUGCUCUACUCCCCCGUCAGGGAGCAGAUGGGUAAAUACUGUGGAACCAUCAAGACUCAUUUCCUCAAAGUACAGCAAAGGCCUGGACAAGUGCUUGAUAUAAAUACGCAGUCAGCAGCCAGGAUAGACAGCCUCUGUGCCAUCCAGUUGCUAAAGUCUCCUGUAGAUGUGAUGGCUGACUGCUGCAGGCAGAAGAGGCAGUGUGGG